CUGCAACCUGAAAAGCGAAACCUUGGCUAUUUUGUCCCUCGUGACGUGCUGUUGUAUGGAACGCGGAAGCCCAUCUGCUGACAACAUGGGUUGAUUUUUGAAGAUCAUCAAGAGGCCUGGUCCUCCGUUUGCAAGUCUUCGAGAGGAUGAGUGAAGGAAAUUGAAAGGCAUCCACUUUAUUUGGAUACGUUAAUUUUCAGUCAGCCAUGGAGCGAGAAGAAGAAGAAGAGGAGCUGACAGCCAAGGGACAAAAAGGGGUGGACAUGUUUACAUCUGUGUGUUGCCUGGGCUACCUGUCCAGCAUAAAUCUUCUUGUGGCAGUAUGCGUUGGCAUGUAUGUACGCUGGGAGGUGACAAAUGAGCCAGUGAUUCUGGUCAUCUUCAUCUUAGGGCUCUUUGUCUUGGGAAUUGCCAGUAUUCUCCAUUACUACUUUGCUAUGGAGAAAGCCAGCCUCAGCUUGUUCCAUUUGUGGUGUGGCUUUCUGCUUGGACUUCUCUGCUUCCUUAAUAGCCCCACUUUAAGUUCAAAUGUCAAAGAACUGGUCACCAACUAUCUCCUAGUAGCGAGUCUGAUCAUGAAAGCAGUAUGGGCCAUAACUGAGCGCAUAUGCACCUCUGUCCACCACAAACCCGUCUUGCUAAUAUCAGCUGAAUGGCUGGAGCUCUUGGGAUUUGGAAUUGCCAGUACUGCCAUGCUUUUCCAUAAGUCAGUUGCCAUAAUAGGGUUAGUUGUGGGAUUGGGGGCUCUAAUUGUGGACUUAAGGAUGAAAUCCCUCCUCGCUUUACUCAACCUGAUCAGUUUUGCCUUGAUCACCUCACUUGCAUUUUUUCAGGCCUUAAUCAUCCCAGCCAACCCCUAUGCCUUAGGUUGCUAUCUCGGCAGGCUGCUGUGUGAGCCUGUUUUAGAUGUGUACUUCAGUGGGCUCGGGCCCAGCAAGCGCUGGAUGCCAGUGCUCUCUUUGGGCAACGUGUGGAGGAGGCUGUCCCUGUUGCCUCUGUGUUUGACUGAGCUGGCCUUCUUUGUCCUUGCUGCCUUGAAGCUUGGCCACUUGGAGCUGUGGUAUUUGGUCAUCCCAGGAUUCUGCCUGUUUGGUCUUUUCUGGGCCAUCUGCCACAUAAUUUUGCUGAUUACAAUUUGGGGCUUCCAUACCAAGUUGAGUAAGUGCCAGAAGGCUUGGCGGUCAAGUAGCCGGAGUUUGGACCAAGUCAUGGCUUCCCGUGGCAUCCGACACUUCUGUCUCAUUUCAGAACGCUUGGCGUUCUUUAAUCUCCUGUCAACAGUAAUACUGGGAGCUGUGUCUUGGCAGCCCUCCAACGGUCUCUUUCUUAGUGCUCUACUGGUAGUGCUGCCCUUGGAGUCUCUGGCCCAUGGCUUGUUCCAUGAGCUUGGAAGCUGCCUGGGGGGAACCUGUGUUGGCUAUGCACUGGUCAUACCCACCUCUUACACCAGUGCUGCUGGCCAGCCCACUCUCUUACCACCGGAGCAUGUCCAGGAGCUGAAUCUACGUUCGACGGGCAUGCUGAACAACAUGCAGCGCCUUUUCUCCCACCACAUGAUCCAGAUCUUCGGCUGUGACUACUCCACUAGCGGUGUCACCCUGGAGGCUGUGCAGAACAAGCUGCGCAACUUUCUGGAGCUUCGAACAGCAGACGGGCCACGUCAUGAUACAUAUCUGAUAUUCUACAGUGGACACACACACAAAGGCUCAGGGGCCUGGGCUCUAACUGGAGGUGAGAGUCUCCACUUUGCCCAGUUGAUGGAGAUCUGGAAGGAGAAGAACGCCGGCCAUUGUUCUCGUCUCAUUGUCAUCCUGGACACGGAGAACUCCCUCCCAUGGGUCAAAGAAGUCCGCAGGGUGGAGGGUAUCUAUGUGGCAGUGCAGGGGGCUGAGCUUGAAGCUUCUGGGCUGGACCCAGAGUCCGGAGACACCCCGUUGCUUGGCGACUUCACUUCAGAAUGGGUCGAGUUCAACUGCAACCCAAGCAGCGACACCCAGUGGUCUGAAAAGAGAAGGACUGUGAUGGCUAUGUACGGUGUGUCCAAACGCUGGAGCGAUUACACUCUCCACCUUCCUACUGGAAGUGACGUAGCCAAGCACUGGAAGACCCACUUUCCCAAGGUUACAUAUCCUUUGGUGCACCUCUCCAACUGGUGCUGUGGCCUCAACCUGUUCUGGUUAUGUAGCGUGUGUCUGCGCUGCUUCCGGAGGUGUAAACUAGCUUGGUUCCCUCCAGCUGUUCUGGACACUGGGCAGGGCAUUAAACUAGUGCACUCAUAGAUGUCUGCAGGGUACAAGGUGGGUUUAUGAAAAAAGAAAAAAAGAACUUUAUAUCUAUACAUGGAUAUGCAGAAAAAGGGGAAAACUCUGGCCUUCUGAGCCUUUGAUUUCAAUUUGCAUUUAACACAUUCAAAAGUGCUACCCAUGCUGUACUGGUACAUAGUACUGGUUUCUUUAUUAAAUAAAAGGUAUAUAAAAAAAAAAAAAAAAAAGACAACUUUUUCAUAUUGGGAUUGUUUUUUAUGUUUUUGAUUUUGCUAUUAACCUUAUUUUAUUUUUUACUGAAGGCAAGCCAAAAAGAAAAUCAAUAACUUCAAAUGUGUUUUUUGGGACAGGACAAGUAAAAGAAAAAAAAAAGUUUUUUGGGAAAGGUUAUGUCCUUUUUUUAUUUAUAACAUGGUGCCUUAAAGAAGGAUUUUGGAUCCUCAUUGUUGGAAUUAACUUUAAUAGUCAAGUUAUCCCUACACCUUUCUACAGCAUGAUAAAAAUGACUGUUGUGAGUCUUUUUCCAUUCUUGUUUCUUAGAAGGUAAAAUUGUCAUAUAUUGGUAUGUUAUUCUACAUGUGCCUGUCAGAACAAAACUUAAAUAAACUGAUCAAAUA